GUCGGAUACUCCCACGAGUUCUAGGGAAUUCAAUUGAGCUCAAUACUUUUCACCAAGUGCCUCCAAGAUGAGAGCAUUCAGUAAGUUCGCCAUCUGCGCGCUUCCCCUGUUAUCGCUCGUCGCCGCACAGCAACCCAUUCUACCCCCAUGUCGUCAGAAAUUCACAACAAACAUCUGGACCAGUUGCGCCGACGUAGUAUCUCAAUUCCAGCUCAGUGUCGCCAAUUUCUUGUACGCAAAUCCUCAACUCGGAGCGGGAUGUAGCGGCUUCAAGCCUGGGGAGACAUACUGUGUUAGUCGCCCAUCAAACCAGCGACCAAUUUCGAUGGACGGAAAUUGUGGCAUCCAAAACAGAACCGCUGCAACCUGCGUGGGCAGCUCCUUUGGUAGCUGCUGUAAUGCCUCAGGACGAUGCGGCAACGGAGAGUCAUUUUGCGGCAAAGGCAACUGUCAAGACGGCCUCUGCGAUGGCGGUCGAUAUUCCCUGGAUGGCAAAUGCGGGCGAGAUUUCGACUACCUCCCAUGUCCGCCAAAGUUUGGCCUUUGUUGCGGAGGAAACGGACAAUGCGGUAACGCCACUGCUUUCUGCACAACACCGGGCUGUCAAAGUGGUCCUUGUCUCGGCGCGUCGUCGACAGUAUCCUCUUCUGCAACGCCAACUCCGACUAUGAAACCAGGAGGUGUCAGUCCGGAUGGUACAUGCGGAUACAAUAAGGCUUUCACAUGUAAAAGCUCAACGUUCGGUGGCUGUUGUUCUGCCGCAGGAUACUGUGGAAAUACGGAAUAUGAGUGCUCUUCGUAUCUUGGUUGCCAGUCAAAAUUUGGUCAGUGCACCUGA